AUGCCGCUUGGUCUUGAAUGCCUCCACGACCUCAGUCAUGGCGCAAAGCGCGAAGAUCACCUAGUUGACAUCGUUGCCGUCCACGAUGUUCACCAGGAUUCCCUCGACACAUGGACUCAUCAAACAUCCGGCAUCAACUGGCUACGCGACCUCCUCCCACAGGAUGUCCGCGUCGGCAGGAUAUUGUCCUAUGGCUACGAUUCGUCAGCUUCGACCUUGCUUGCCGACGAUGGCCCCGAGACCAUCCAACGGAUGGCCGAGUCGUUCGUUCAGGAGCUUCGCGCAGACAGGCAGUUUGCGGGUACGUUGAGGCGCCCCAUCGUCUUCGUGUGUCACGGCAUGGGUGGCGUCCUCGUCAAGAAGAGCCUGGUCUAUGCCUCGACGCGGACCGCUCCUAAGGUCGCACAUCUCUGGGACCACUAUGUGUCGACAUUUGCCAUUAUAUUUUUUGGGACCCCUCACCGGGAUGUCGACAAGUCAAGUUGGCUCGACUACGAAGCCAUGUACAAGUCGACACGGCACCAAGUGGGUGCCUUUUUCCGGACCGCGUCAGGUAAAGGUGACUCUCAGAUGCCUCGAUUGGUCGAUAACGAUUUUGCACCACUUGUAAAACAGUUCCACUUGUUCUUCUUCUGGGAGCAGCUCCCAACUCGAUUAGGCAGCCGAUCUGCUCUCCUCGUGGACCACCAGUCGGCCGCCCCAAAACUCGAUAAUACCGAGACAGCGGGGAUUCAUGCGGCGCACCCGGAUAUGUGCAAAUUCGGUUCUAGAGCAUCGUCGGAUUAUCGCACCGUCAUUGCCGCUUUGGUCACGUACUGCGAAAAAGCCCCCGGUAUCAUAUCCCGCCGAUGGAGACAGGCAGAGGGGGCCCUUAAACAACUCAGGCUUGGGGAAGUCGAGGAGAUCGGAGGCUUCGGGUUUGACGUUCACUUAGAACAGCCAUACCGAAGUCAGGAUAUUCGUUCACAGGGCGAUCUAAUUCACUUCCAUAUCCCUGAAGAGACUUCACCAACAUUUGUAGGCCGCGAGGACCUACUGAGGACCUUACGCUCCGCCUUCUUCCCCGGCGAUAGCCCGACAACUCGCCCUGGCCGGAAAUCGUUCGUUAUCUUUGGCAUGGGAGGGUCUGGGAAAACGGAACUGUGCUCCAAGUUUGCCACCGACAACAAGCUUGAAUACACCGCUGUGUUUACAAUUCGCGCUGCUUCCCCCGAGACGGUCAAAGAGUCGUACUGUAGCAUUGGGCAGCUCGCGGGGCUGGAACCGACCGAGGGUGCUGGAAAGCACGUCCUGUCGCAGCAAAAGCAACCAUGGCUCCUAAUCAUCGACAAUGCAGACGAUCGCUCCCUAAAACUAGCACGCUUAUUUCCCCCCGGUGGCUCUGCGCAUAUCCUUAUCACAACAAGAGUCCGAGACUUCAGUCAGGAAGGGACACUCGGGUCUCUCGAACUCAAAGGGCUUAAGGAGGCAGAAGCCCUCCAGCUGUUGCUCACAAAGGCCGAUAUCCCGCGACCGUGGGACUCUUCAACUACCAAAACGGCGAGGCUAAUUGCCAAGGCACUUGGCUACCUGGCACUGGCCCUGAUUCAAGCCGGGACUUGUGUGUAUAGGGGAGUCUGCGAGCUCGGCGGCUACCUCGAAAUACAUUCUGUGGCGAAACGCAGGCAACGGAAACAGGCAUCCGGCCCACAUAACGACCCUAUCAGCGACGUUAUCGAGGUCGUCUACUCGACCUUUGACGUCUCUCUCGGCGUCCUCGAAAAGCACGAGAGCGUAGAGAGCCGAGACGCAACCGAGUUGUUGAAAAUGAUGGCCUUUUUCCACUUCGAGUUUAUCCCUUUGCAGCUGUUCUCUCGGGCGGUCCUAAAUCAGGAUAACGCUCCUAGUCCCGGGAGUUCGGCAUCAUGGGCAUCAAGUUUGGCGAACGACCUCUUUCGCCGCUUGGAGCCCCCGGCUCCCUUGCCCGGCUUUCUCAAAGCGAAGGACCAAGAAGUAGGGAAGCAGCGGCUCAGGUUCGCGCUCGCCGACCUCCAGUCCCUUUCUUUCAUCCGCUUCGAUGGGAAGUAUAUCUCACUACACCCGUUGAUCCACUCGUGGGCGAGGGACAGCCUCACCACCACACAGAGUCCUCUCUGGGCCUCGAUCGCGCUUCACACCAUUAUGCGAUCUAUUUCGCUGCCACCAGUCAGUAAUACAAAAGAGGACGGCGAGUUUCAUAGGGACAUUCUCCCACACCUCGAGACCUGUUUGGCGGUCACCGGCAACCCGAUAUCGCCAGUUAUACGUGCAAUAGGAAAGUUCCGUCUACGGAUUUCCAUGUUCCUUCAGCCGACGUUUCUUAUCAUAAUCCGCGACCAAGUCCGCAUGCAUGCCAAAUGCGGCUGGGUGUUCGCCGAACGAGGUCAUUUCGACAAGGCUGUUGACCAUCUCCGGAUCGUGAGGGAAAUGCUUGUCAAACUCGUGGGGGAGGAAAACGAGAAGACAAUGAACGCAACCCUCGGCUUGGCCGGAGUACUAUGGGGCCUAGGGCGUCUGGAAGAAGGAAUCAACCUGGGACGCUCCGUCGUCGAAACAAGGACGCGUAUAUACGGACCGAGGGAUGAACGGACACUCGGCGCGAUGAACAAACUAGGCCAGUCUUACUGGCUCAACGGGCAGUAUCGCGAGGCGCUCGAGUUGCAGGAGACUACCUCAGAACGUAUGAAGGAAGUGCUUGGAGAGAGCCACCCAACCACGCUCGAAGCCCUUGACAGUCUCGGCGUAACCCUAGGGGCGUGGCACCGCUUCCAAGAGAGCCAUGACGUGCACAGGUUUGUCCUCGCUGCUCGCAUCCGAUCCCUAGGGCCAACCCACCUCGAUACGCUCAGCACCAAGUCCAACCUUGCGAUGGCGUUACUCGACCUCGGUCUCGCUGAUGAGGCCGAGGCCGUCAUGAUCGAGGUCUACACACAACGACAAUCCCAGCUUGGAAAAGAACACCCCUGGACGCUCUGGGCGCUCAGCUACCUCUGCAAGAUCCACAUCCACCGCGGCCAACUCACCUCGGCGGAAGAACUUCUCACCUGGGGCUUAGCGGCAGCAACACGGAGCCUCGGGCACGACCACCUCGGCGUCCUAAUGGGACGGGGCCAUCUGGCGGUCAUCUACGCACGGACGGGCCGUCUGGAGGCCGCGGAACGGCUGAGCGAGGACACAGCGGCGCGCGUCGAGCGCUCGCGCGGCGCCGCCCACCCGGACUGCGUCUACGCGCUGUGGCGCCUCGCGCGCCUGCACGUGCUGCGCGGCGCCCGCGCCCGCGCAGCCGACACCUGCGACCUGGGCCUUCGCCGCGCCGCUCUACGCAUCUCCAUCGACCACCCUCUCGCCGUCCAGCUGCAACACCUGCGCGACGGCUUGCGUGACCCGGAUGCUACUACUGAGGGGCUGCUAGCGCUGGGCGAGAGGGAGGGUGGGAAUUUGGCACGCCCCUGA